CUGAACAAUUCGGCCGUCGUCUCCGAGCCUCGGUGCCCUAUGGCUGACGCAAGCCUGCCCGCAAUGGUGUCCCCGGAUGACAGCCCCGAGGUCCGUGAAAGGCCGAGGUCGCGACGCUGCCUGCCGGCCUCAGUGACAGUGGAGCCGGUGCUUUUCUUGUCCAUGUUUGCAUUGGCUCUGCAGGGCCCUCUAACUACUCAAUACCUGUGGGACCGGCUCAGUGCCGAUAUCGGCUUCAAUGGGACUCGAAUCCUGGACUGCACCGUCAAUGGCAGCAAGAGCACAGGAGCCCUGCAGCAGGAAGUGGAGACUCUUACCUCACACUGGAGCCUUUACAUAAACUUGGGCGGCUUUCUAGUUGGCCUUUUCUCUGUGAUGCUUCUGGGGCCAUGGAGUGACAAAGUGGGACGUCGGCCAGUGCUUUUCUUUCCAUGCAUCGGUCUCGCUCUGCAAGCUGCACUCUACCUAGUAGUCAUGUACCAGGAGCUACACGUUGCAUACUUUUUAAUUGGCCGCUUCAUCAGUGGUAUUAGUGGUGACUUCAACAUGAUCCUUGCUGGGUGCUUUGCUUAUAUCGCUGAUGUCAGUGACCGGCAAUCCCGCACUUUCCGCGUAGCUAUAUUAGAAGCCUGCCUUGGCAUUGCUGGGAUGGUAGCUAGCAUCAUUGGCGGGCACUGGCGGAAAGCCCAGGGCUACAUCAACCCCUUCUGGCUGGUGUUUGCUGUAAAUUUGUUUACAGCAGUUUAUGUUUAUUUCUGUGUAGAGGAAUCUGUAAAAGACAAGAAGCCAGCAAGACUUUUUACUCAUCGCCACUACCAGACAUUUUUUCGCCUUUUCACGGUAUCAGGGGAAAAUAAUCGAAGGAGGAAACUUUGCCUUUAUUCAUUGGCCCUCCUGGUGGUGGUGACUGUGCACAUGGGAGCCAAAAACUUAUUUGUACUUUAUGAGCUCAGUUACCCACUCUGCUGGGACUCUGAUCUCAUUGGCUAUGGUUCAGCAGCUGAGCAUCUAACCUACCUCAGCAGCCUGGCAGGGCUGCGUCUAUUCCAGUUGUGUUUGGCAGACAGCUGGGUGGCAGAGAUGGGCUUCAUUUCCAAUAUAUCAGGGCUGGUUGUCAUCUCCUUGGCUUCUACUACUCCCGUUAUGUUUACAGGUUAUGGGCUGAGAUUCUUUGCAAUGGCAACUACUCCAGUAAUCCGUUCCAAGCUGUCCAAGAUGGUAGAGGAGGGAGAACAAGGAGCGUUGUUUUCCUCCGUGGCAUGUGUGGAAGGCCUCUCCUACUUGCUAGCCACAGCCGUGUUUAACUCUCUCUAUCCAGCCACUCUGCACUUUAUGCAAGGUUUCCCGUUCCUCUUCGGAGCCUUACUUUUGCUGAUCCCAGCAGGAAUCAUAGGAUUGAUAGAAGUCUGCGAUCAAAAACCAAUGUACAGUCAGUUCUCCGAAAUCUCCUGAGAAAUACAGUCCCGGCAAGAAGAACGGGAGCAAAUGGAUCGACUGAGCAGUAAUGACCUCCUGAAGAGUGAGCCUCAGGCUAGUGAACUCUAGUGCUUUAUCCAUUGUGCUUGUCGGCUUCGCCAUAUUACUGACACUGUAAAUGUGUGGGAGCUUGUACAAGAUGGAGACAAACUGAUCAAUGAUUCCGAACCAGUGAUGCCAGUACACUCCCCCAGCCUGUGUAUAGAGGCCAGGCCGGUAGCUGGUGUUAAUCGUGUUGCUAAUUCCAAUCUGAUGUGGCUGACUGUAUCCCAUGUACACUCGUAGCACUGUAAGUAAUGGAGAGUAGAUCAGUACUCACAUUAAUUUGUGCGUUUAUUUUCCAUUCCAAGUCUGUGUAUUUGCACCUUUUGCCCCCCUUGGCUACAGCUGUGGCUAACUUUAGUACUUGAACAAACGGCCAAAAAUAUGAGCGUUUUUGGUUAAUAAAGCCAAAAAAACAAGGCAUUACAAAUACCUCUAUAAGGUAGCAUGUUUAUAUAAAGUACUUGUAAAAUCAUUGUGCUCACGUGAUCCUAAAAUGUGUGCUUGUGUCUCAGUAGAGCAUGACGAUUCUGCAGCACCAGGGGCACGGCUGGUACCAGUGACCAUGCUCGGUGGGUUCUGCCAGAACAAACCAGGGCAUUAUUACUACUGUCAUUGUAGCAAUUACAUGUACUGAACCAUUAAACAUAGCAUAUUGAAA